CGACCACAAACACACUCGCAAAAGGCAGCUCCUCCCUUUCUCUUGCCGAGUUCUUGCACGGCCUCCAGAGUCCAGAGAAAGGGAGCGGCUGCUCCCGAUGGAGAUGCUCUCCAGCGCGGUGGUCGGCGAGCUCGUCAGCCGGUCCAUCUCAUUCCUCUUCUCCAAGCUCGAGAAGGACACGGCGGCGACCGCGCAGGAGGACCUGCAGCAGCUGCGCCUCCUGCUGCUGAGGAGCGGCGCGAUCGUCCAGGACGCCGAGCAGCGCUACGUCCCGAGCAAGGCCAUGCUGCAGCAGCUCAAGGCCCUGCGGGACGAGACGUUCAGGGGCCACUACGUCCUCGACGUCGUCAGCUGCCGAGCCGCCCUCGGAGGAGGCGGCGGCGAGGACGUCGGAGGUGGCGAGGAGGCGGGCCGCCGCGCCUGCUUCUCGCUGUCCAGGUUCAACCCGGCGAAGCGUGUCCGCUUCCCCUCCAACGAUGCUUCAGAGAACAGCUCGGUUCUCGGCGGCGCAAGCCCGGGCGAGCUGCAGCAGGUGGUUCGCAGCCUGGGAAUCAUGAUCGGUGACAUGAAGGAGUUCGUUAUGUUCUUGGGGAGCUACCCACCCUUGUACCGCCAGCCUUACAGUGCCCAUAUGUUUGUAGAGAAGUGCAUGUUUGGCCGCCACAUGGAGAAGGAGACGGUCAUGGAGUUCUUGCUGAAAAAUGAGCCUCCUCCUCCUGGUGCUGAACAUCUAGGCGUGCUCCCGAUCGUUGGCCCAGCGCACAUCGGUAAGAGCACUCUGGUGGAGCAUGUCUGUGACGAUGAGAAGGUGCGAGACCACUUCUCCUUGAUCCUAUUUUACACUGGAAAUGACCUGAAAGAUGUGACAGUGUCCAGCUUUAAGGACAAAUGCUUGAUCAAGCACCAUGCUGACAAUGCUUCAUCGGAUGAGAGGGUGCUGGUCGUCAUUGAGCUCUUAGAUGAUGUGGAUGACGAAACUUGGAGCAACUUGUACUCCUCCCAAAGAAGCAUAGCACAGGGGAGCAAAAUGAUCAUCACCAGCCGAUCGGAGAGGAUCGAGAGGUUUGGGACGGCACAGGCUCUUAGGUUGAAAUGCUUGUCUGUAGAAGCCUACUGGUACCUGUUCAAGACGGCAGCCUUUGGAGGCGAUGACCCGGGGCAGCAUCCGAAGAUGGCAUCCAUUGCUUUGGAGAUGGCAAAUCUGAUGCAAGGAUCUUUCAUCUUCGCCUCUACCGGCGCCGCGCUGCUAAACGCUAAUUUCAGCACCAAAAGCUGGUCCAGAAUUCUCACAGGAUUGAAAGGGUACAUGCAGAAGAAUGCCUCCUUGAUUGGAGAAUACCCAGAUGACAUCAAUGGCAAAGAUUACCCUCGAUACACUUGGAAUGUAAUGAAAAAGAAACCGGACAAAUAUUUUAUGCUGCACGACAUUUACCAAAGAGGCUCUGGUCAAGAGGUUCCAGAUAUAUCAUAUCUAGAUCUCCAAUCUGGGCGUGCUAAUCCACCAGCCGGGAAGUAUGAUAUACUUCUCACAAAAUCUCGAAUUCCACCAUACUUCAACUAUAUGUGUGCAUGUGAAAUCCGUGAUAUGUAAGAAAAAAUAGACAUCAUAAGGUUACAUUAUGAUGUAAGUGUACGUGUUGGCAUCCCUAAGAUAUAGGGGUUAUGGGCAUCCACAUAAAUGAAUAUUUCAUAACAUUAUUAUAUUAA